AUAAACAAAGUGCAUGCGUUUUCCAUCACGCCGCCAUCUUGCCAACUGGCUGGCGAGAUAAUCAUUCCUUUCAAAUAUAAACAUUUUGCAGAUUCAGCGACUGACGAAUCAAGGUCUGAAGAAUCUGCGAGUAAUAAUGAAGGUAUUAACGAAGGUAAGCAGAAAUAAAAUUGUCAUUAAACCGAGGCAGAUACAUUAAAAUUUAUCAUGAUAUUAAGACUUAAUUAAUACUUCUCUAAAUGAACUGUCAUGAUAAAUACAGAAAGAAGCUGUUCUGCUCCUCCGAACAAGCUGCCAAAACUCAGCAACCCAGACGAUCAAGCUGGAGUGUCCGGGAUCGAAGGUGGAAAAUUCUAAUUUUUUUUCUAUCUGAAUGUUAAACUUAUACUGACCAGUCCGAGAAAAAAAGUAUUUAUUCAAAUGAUGCAAGAAGUCUGGAGAAUUCCAAGUAAAACUGACUAGUAUUAAUUUCGUUUUGUACACAGCUUUGCCUGAUGAGGUAUUGGUCGAGGUGUUUAAAAACUUCUCCCUUAAAGAAAUGCUUAAAACAUUGUGCCUGGUCUCACGAAGGUGGAGGCACAUUGUAAACAAUAACAACAUUCUGUGGAGUUGCCUUAUUUAUGAACAUCAUGUCACACUCCAGUGGGUUCAGAUAUUUAUCCAUAAGAUAUAUCGAAAUGACAACAUCCGAAAUGAGGCUGGAAGCAUUACUAGGAAAUAGUAUAGAAUUUUCUAAACAUUUGAGAUAUUUGGAUUUAAGUGGACAACCGAUAUCAUCCCUUAAUUUCCUAUUGAUUGAGUCCUCUCCUCUUGAAACCUUGAUCCUUAAUGACUGUCAAAAAAUAGAUACCUGUUGUUGUACUGCUAUUUUAAAGCAAUUAAGAAAUCUUAGAAUAUUAUCGCUCAACCGAGUAGGAUUCACUGCCAAUCAAGUGGCAACAAUUACUGCCUCUUUAUGCUUAUUGAAUGUUCUGUGCCUGGUUGGUGUAAGCCUUGCGGGAAGACAUAAGACUGAUUUUGCAAAAAUUGAAUCACCUUCAGUUUUUUUUGAAAUAUCUUGCAGUUCUGAAGAUAAAGAACAUAUCUAUGCUCUAGGGGAAGAAUAUGACGUUAGUUUUGUUUGCCGCUAAGAGUAAAAAUAUGUUAUAUAACACGGUGGCAUAACAGUGUUGUGUUAUAGAAAAUAGUUUAUUAUAACAUUUACUGAAGGUCUAACCAAGACAUUUUGUAUCAGCAGGCUAUGGUAUUUUUUUUUAAUUUGUGUGUACAACUUCAAAUAUUUUCAAUUGAAAUUUUGUCAAAUAAAAAGUAUGUGUGUUCAAUUUUUAUUGAGGUUAUUUGAAGUAGGUAAGGGACUAACAUAUUAGGGGUUAUAAAUGUAUACAAAUAGUUGUUUUAUAAAUUUUAGAUGUAGUUACAAAAGGCCCUGUGGCUGCCACUUCUGGUUCAACCACAGGCACAAAGAUCGAUUUGGGUACUGUUGUGAAAGCUGCUGAAGGUUCGUGGGGUGUUUUGAAGCGAUUAUCGCAGGAAAUUACAGAUGAAAAAAGAAUGCAAUACCUUACGUUUCACUGGAAGCCUUCUGAGUCCGAUAUACUUCAUUCUCAUCAAGUUACCAAAGGAAAGAAGACGUGGAAAGUUUCUUUUCAAUUCAAAUGGCUAAAACAGUUUCCCUGGCUUUGCUACAGUAACUUACUUGAAGGUGGUAUUUGUAGUCACUGUAUCUUAUUCCCUCACAAAGUUACCAAGGGAACAACACCAGGGUGUAUUGGUCACAGCACCAUACCAGAAAUCGUACACUAA